UGGAUCAUUUUGCACAACAUGGACACAGGUAGGCUAAAGUAGCGGACUUUAAUUUAGUUAAUUCACAGAAUAUGGGAUGAAAUUAAAUGAUACAAGGGAUAUUAUUUGUCGCCCGCGACUGUGAAGCACUGUUCCUGUUGGCAUCUGUUUGUUAGUAUUUAAGCAGAAUAUAAAAUAAAAGAGCUGCGUGUGGUCCGCAGUGUUCUCGGCUUGAAAUGUUUGGCUCAGACAGGUGAGAGAGAUGCAACAUGGGCAGGAAUGGAGCAAAAUGUGACUCCAGGAAGCCGAAGAGUCAGCUGUCAUGUCAAACAGCAUCCUGCAUCGGCUCCUCCAGCUGGAGCUGAGCCCCUGGAGGAGUGUGUGUGAAAGGGGACCCCGCCAGCCUCCAUGGCUCACUCGUCAGACCCGUCCCGCAGGGAGAAGACCCCCGGGACCCAAGGGUCACACACGGCUACACGCAACCUCUUACGGAAGAAGGAGCAGCGCCGGCGUGGAAUCCGAUCCUCCUCACCCAUGGGCCGGGUCAUCCUCAUCAACUCUCCGGUGGACGGAGGAGACGACAGUGAGGACCUCCAUACGAUCACCGUGGAUAAGAGUGUGGACGGUAAGCUCGGCUUCAGCGUGCGAGGCGGCUCCGAACAUGGACUCAGCAUCUUCGUCAGCAAGGUGGAGGACAACAGUACUGCAGAGGAGGCAGGCCUGCUUGUAGGUGAUAAACUGGUGGAGGUGAACGGUGUCAGCCUGGAGAGCAUCACGAUGAGCAGCGCUGUGAAGGUGCUGACGGGAAACAACCGGCUCAGGAUGGUGGUGAGACGAGUGGGCAAAGUCCCCGGCAUCCGCUACUCCAAGGAGAAGACGACCUGGGUGGACCUGAUCCACAGACGUAUGGUGGUGGAGGAGAGCGGACAGACGCCUUCUGAUGCGAGCUCGGGGAGCGCCCUCCAGCGGAUCGUCCACCUCUACACCACCUCAGACGACUACUGCCUGGGCUUCAACAUCCGGGGAGGGAAGGAGUUCGGCCUGGGCAUCUACGUCUCCAAACUGGAUCCUGGUGGUCUGGCUGAGCAGAAUGGGAUAAAGAUGGGGGACCAGAUCCUGGCUGCCAACGGCGUGAGCUUUGAGGACAUCAGCCACAGUAACGCUGUGGAGGUGCUGAAGAGCCACACGCACAUUAUGCUGACCAUCAAGGAAGCAGGACGAUACCCGGCUUAUAAAGAGAUGGUGGCAGAAUACAGGUGGCUCAAUAAGCUUGCCAACGGUACUCAGAAAUCUUCCUCCCAGGGUUCAGACUCCAACUCCUCGGCCUCCUCUCUGUCCUCUGGGACUCCUGUCAGCUCUCUGAGUGGCCUCUCGCAGGUCAUGUUCCCUCCCAGCAUGGCGUUCGCCUCCGACAUGGUGGACGUCUGCAUCUCGACUGAGGACCAGAGGUCUGACUCAGAGCGGACUGAGACGGCCAUGCAGACGGACCUUCCCUCUCAGAGAACGGGAGCAGAAACCACUCGCAGCCUGGGACGGACCACUCUGCUCAGAGACACGGCGAUCCGAGAGGAGAGCAGCGAGAGGACAGAGUCCCCCAAGACGGCCGUGCUGCUGGCUCUCAGCAGACCCACCAGACCCAUCAGCAGGUCCCAGAGCCAGGUCACCGUGGCAGAGAUCAAGCAGAAGAAAGAAAAGAAGCAGAAGGAGAAACACCCGGAGGAGAAGAGCACCCUGCAGCGCUCCAAGACCUUCGUCAACCUGCUGUUCAGGGGACGCAGAGGACGCUCCAAGUCCCCGUCCAAGGAUAAGGCUGGCAAAGGGGGUCGGCAGGUCGCUGCGACGCCCAACACAGAGAUGCUGGGGGUGGUGGAGGACAUGGCCCGCAGGCUGCUGACGGAGGAGGAGGUCGCUGCUGUGAUGACGACCUGCAGAAGGUACGUGGCAGAGCGGUCAGUGGAGAACCUGAUACGCCACCUGCUGGCCGUGCUGGACAGACCGGAGAAGCUGCUGCUGCUGAGGGAAGUCCGGAUGCUUCUUCCUCCUCCAGACCUGAGUGCGUUCAAUGGCAUGGUGACGCCGAUCGAAGUCGAGGCCUAUGACAUCCUCAAGUAUCGCUCCAUUCGAACUCCACCUCUUCGCUCGCCGACAUCUAGUCGAGCACCCAAACGGCGUCUCAUCACUCCGAUCCCCGAUUACAGAGGAGGCUUUGAGCUCCACAACGCUGAGGAGGUGGAGAAGGAGAGCCACCUGCUGGAGGAGCUGGAGAAGCUCAGUGUGUCUGGGACCCGGAGCUCCAGGGAGAGGCCCCAUCCCUCCAGGUCCUUCACCCCGCUGCUGGACAUACCUGUGGACGGGUACGACACGGAGUCCAGAGACCUCAGACCCUCCUCCAGCGCCAUGCUGCCCAACUGGCUGCUGGCCCGCAGCGACGACUCCCGGCCUCCCCUCCGCACGGACAUCGGCACCAUCCGCUCUGUCCACUUCGACGAGGUCUCGCUGCACUCGACGUCGGACGCCUCGGAGAGAGGACGGUCUCAGUUCAGAAACGGACACUCGCAGGGAAAGAAGGAGAAGAGUGGAGACAGGAGUAGAGACGUGGUGUUCACGCUGCAGAGUGCCGCUCGAAGGAGUCGCCCCCCGCUGUCGCAGGUGUUCAGACCGAGUCGAGACAAACGAGAGGCGAGUGAACAGACGAACGGACAUCAGGCUGAGAACGGACUCAACGGCUCCGAGCCCGAACACGAGUACCAGCUGAAAACUGUCUGCAUCUCCAAGACCAAGCAGUCGCUGGGCAUCAGUAUAUCUGGAGGGAUGGAGUCGAAGGUUCAGCCGGUGGUGAAGAUCGAGAAGAUCUUUCCUGGAGGAGCCGCCUCCACCUGCGAAGUUCUCAAGGCUGGGUUUGAGCUGGUGUCCGUGGACGGCGUCACCCUGCAGGGCGUCACUCAUCCGCACGCUGUCGACAUCAUCCGGAAAGCCUUCAGCAACAAGGCCAAAGACCCCAUGGUGUUUGUGGUCAAAGUCCCCAAAAACAUUCUGAAAGGAGACUGACACUCAUCGUGAGUUUAGACUAAACACUAACACUGAUCUGAGGUCAGGUACAUACUUCUGCCAUUCACCUUGUUAAAGUAAGGAUUAAAUACACAAUCACAACUGAAGCUGAAGCAGCAGAUCAUCAGUCUACAGAAGAAGAUGAAGAAUAUGACAAGAAUAUUAUCAUGAAAUACUCAAAAAAGGAAACAAAAGACAUUUACAGUAAAAACAUUUGAGUCCAGAAAGCCUGAAAUCAUUAAAAUGGUGCUCCUGAUGCCUUAAUAUUUCAACGCAGGAGCCAAUGCCUGUCAAGAACAUUUCUUUUUACAUUCAAUAGUCUUUAUAAAGUAGUGCAUAAGUGUAUGUUUAUGUUUCAAAAUUUUUAAAUGGUCAAACUGUAA